UCAAAGAGGGCAGACAGACAGAGAGACAGUGAGCUGGACGGCCUAAGUGACGGAGGGGAAUCGAGCUUCGGACAAACCACCGCACCGCACACUCCAAACAAGAACUGUUGUCUUUUGAGAAAAAAAGAGUGAAGAAAAGAAAAAGGCAGAGUCAUUGUGGAUCAUUUUCAGGGGGAAUAUCUUGCAACACAACUUGUUUGUUUUCUCUUUCUUUCUUUUCUUUUCCCUCCUCUCAGAUCUCGAUGCUGUGCUUUGGGAUUUGUGCUCCAAAUCCAUCAAAUUCCUCUCUUGAUCUUUCUGUUUGUCAUUCGAAACACUUUGAGUUACAAAUUUUUUCCAGAACUUUGCAACCCAACAAACUGAGACAGACGUUUGCAGAAUUUCACUUGGUCUAAAAGUUGAAUCCGAGCCCGUUUCUGGAAUGAAUUUAACCGAGCCCCACUUGUCUAGAGAAACUCUUCUGCAUCCAAGCCGGGUGUCUCUCGGGGGCCCCUGGACGUCCAGAACCCCGAGUCCCGCUGCUGAUUCUGAAAUGGGUUUUGAGCAGAACCUCUCUGGGGACUGCAGUUCUCCCGAUGGCCUCGGACCCGGGAGCAUGAGGAGAACAGAACCGAGGAUUUCUCUGACGCCCAGUUCAGGGGGACAGAGUCCGGACCUGACCCAGGCGGGAGGUGUGUCGGUAGGCACAGCCGACGGGAAGGCCGUAGGGGGCGAGCAGAGGAUCCGCAGGCCCAUGAAUGCCUUCAUGGUGUGGGCCAAAGAUGAGAGGAAGAGACUGGCCCUGCAGAACCCUGACCUGCACAAUGCUGUGCUCAGCAAGAUGCUCGGUCAGUCAUGGAAGGCCCUGAGUGCCACAGACAAGCGACCGUUUGUGGAGGAGGCAGAACGACUCCGUGUCCAGCACCUCCAGGAUCACCCAAACUACAAGUACAGGCCUCGUCGAAAAAAGACCACCAAAAAACUCAAGCGGGUUGAACCUGGGCUUCUUCUUCACAGUCUGGCCCAAGGUGGCGCACCAGGUCUUGGAUUAGGACCUGGCAUGAGCCCGUUGGGUGCAGAAAGUGUUUCUGGAGGUUCUGCAUAUGGACAUGCAAGCGCUCACCCUCCACACCACCAUCAUCCCCACCACCUGCUCCCCUCUCUGGGUCACUUCAGGGAUCUCCAGGCUCCGGGACACCCAGAGCUGGAGAGCUAUGGCCUGCCCACUCCAGAGAUGUCCCCUCUAGAUGUUCUGGAAGAUGGAGCUGGGGAAUCUGUGUUUUUCCCCCAACAUAUGCAAGAGGAGGGGGGGAUGGGAGGUUGGAGUGGGUACCACCACCACCUUCACCCUCAUAACCAACAUUACAGCCAUCACUACAACAACCACAGUCACCACAACUCCAUACAUGGUGCAGCAACACAUGGUCAGAGUUCGGGAAUGAGUGUUGGUGCCAGUUUAAGCACCAGUAUGAAUUCCAGUUUGAGUCCAGGUAGAAGUUCCAGAAUUGACUCUAGAAUGAGUUCUGUAGAGUCAAAUAUGACCUCUGUCUCUUCAGUUUUGGUGAAUUCGGUCAACUCCAGGUUAAAUCCUACUCAUGCCUCCAGUCACCACAUCACCUUAAGGAGUCCUGCAAAGUGCCCAUCAUCUCUAUCCACCUCCCCCUCCCCUGUUUCCUACCCCCAGCCCUCUAUCAGCCUCCCUGAGCCAAUAAAAUGCCACCAACCGCCCCUGAGCACCGCUCCUGUUGGCUACUUUAGUCAGAUGUAUGGGAACGGCACUCCAAAUGCUGCCCAUUUCACUCCCUCUCACCUGGGGCAGCUUUCCCCUCCUCCUGAAACUUCUCCCUCCUCCUGCUCAUCCUCCCUUCCCUCAUCAACUUUCCUUCCCCCGAUGCACUUAGACCCUUCAAACCCUGAGUCUUCCGGCCAUUUGGGGUCUUCUUCUGCUGAGUUUUGGUCUGAGGUGGACAGGCACGAAUUCGACCAGUACGUGAAUAUCGGAAGGAAUCGAGAGGAUGCCUUCGGACUUGGUGGGAGCUGUGGGGGCGGGUCCAAAGUCCUUUGUGGGCGCAGUAGCAAUAGCGUAGGUAGUAGCAUUAAUAGCAGUGUUAGCAGUAUCAUUAAUAGGGAUGUCAGUAGCAUUAUGAGUGGUGCUAGUGGGUGUGAUGAAGGGAGCAGCCCUCUUAUAUCUGCUCUCUCUGAUGCCAGCAGUGCUGUCUAUUACAGUGCCUGUAUCACUGGAUAAACAUUCAACGAUCUCAUCUCUCAUACCUUCUUGCAUACUGCACAGGUUGGUUUGGCUCAUUUGAAUCAUUGCUAUGUGACAGGGAGGAAGUAUGUCGGGAAGAUUAGUUUUGGCUCAUACUUUAAAUCAAGUCAUUGUCAUUUUUUGCGUAUCUCUCAUAGAUUCCCACUCCAAUUUGAAAAGUUUAAAUUUUCCCAAAUUCUAAAAAGGAAAAUGUAAAUGAAUGGUUUUGAUAUGCAAACACUUACUGAAGCUGAGUAGAGCCAAAAGACAUAGUUUUUGAAAAAUUUGCAAACUGCAAAACACUUAACUGGCCAAGAAGGCACUCUUGUUGAAGAAGAAGAAAAAGAAUAUAUAAAUGCACAUUGCUUAUUUUUAGAUUCAUUCAUGAAUUCCUGAAGAUAACUUUGAACAGUCGGCUGGAUAACUAACCAGCUUUCCCUGAUAGCUACAGGCUAGUGUUGCUUAGUUGAACUUGGGCAGUCAGGUAUACAACUUGGUAGCAUAGAUAACUUACGGCCUAAUCACAGGAUUGUUUGUAGGAUUUGUGGGACGCGCCUGUUGGAAUGCCAGCUCCUUUGUAGGCAUUAGUUUUAGCGGCAGGUUUCUGUUUUUGCUUAGCAACUGCAAAAUCCCCUACUGUCAGUCACUUAGCUAAAAUAGAUGCUCUGUAUCAAGAUAUUGUCUGUUGAUUAAAAUGGAGAGUAGAGAGAAAAACAUGCUGACAUAGUGCAUUGUUCUGCUUAGGGAGUCUGACUUUAGGCACUCAAAGUAGUUCUCAGAGAAAAAAAGAAAAUAAAGAAAUAGUAUCUUAGUGUGGUGGGCAGAUGAAUAGAAGGCAGCUGGAUAGCACCGCAGGAUUGUUCAGUUACUUACCAAGGUUGCUAGGUCUUUGAGUCUUGGUCAAUAGCUGGUUGCAUUUAUGACCGGGACAUUGUUCUGGUGGCUGCAUAGACUGAAGGAUUCAGGGAUGUAGGAUCUCGGCAAGCGCUUGUCUUAGUUGAAGUGCCUUCGAGCAGGACACAAAGCUCCUACCUGUUCCAAGGACUUAGUUUCUCUUAGCACUCUAAGCGCUCCGGUGACAGUUCAUGCUUUAUGAAGAUUAUGCGAGCAAAACGAUUGCUUUAAUUGCACUGUGCGUACUCUGGUUAUCAGAAAAAUCCAAACGACGGCAAAUCUGAAUUUCAAGAUCAUCUGAUAUUAUUUUUGACAAUUCAUCUCAGGAGCGGACAAGUACUCCUCUCCACUGAACUUCAUUAAGUUUAGAUGAAUUUAUAUCAAAGAAAUGGGAACAUGAAGCACAAUGAAGGACAAACACGGGAGAUGAACAUAGAGAAAAAGACUUGAUGGGAGAGACUUGAUCCAGCCUCCACAUAUAUCUCAGCAGUGUUGUCGGGACAGCCUUGGCCAUGGACCCAGACCAGACCAGACCACUGAUGUCUCCUACAAACUAUCAGGAUGUUUUACAAGUUUUUUUCUGACUAUGAUAAAUGCCGUUCCCUCUCUAUCUCAUUCCACGACAGGGCCUCAAGUCAAACGCCAUGCCAAAAUCUGUAAGUCUUAAGUUGCUUUGCUUCUUGGCAAACACAGAUACGUUGAUGAUUAAAAGAUCAUUUCGUUUUAACCAGUAAGCCUCACUGGUAUAAUAAACAUAUCACUUGUUAAAACAAAAAUGUAGUUUCUGAUUUAGCUCUCUCAAUAUCAAUCCUCUGUUAUUCUGCAAAUGGCAGAAGAUUGAGUUCUGCGAGUUGAGCGCUAUCAGAACCAGUCUCGUGGGCUAGAUUAUUAAAACAUCAUCAGGUCUAGGGUCUGCCUAUUUGCCAAUUUAAGCAAAAGCAGCACCAUGCUCCCGGAUACUGGUAAGCAGUGUGACCGAUCCAAUAACAAAUGGUUCCAUUCUAAGUUCAUUUAAAAAUGUAAGCAUAAUGAUUUGAGCGCUAGGUCUUAUGAUUUUUGGAAACCUUGGUUUGAUGUAGCCGUUUACUGUAUUGGUAUACUGUAGAUACUAUGCCUCCUGACAGUAUGUGAAGGAGAAACUGAGACUAUGAAACGUUCUCUUUGCACUGGGUUUAAUGUCUUAGCUGUAUAGAAGGAACACUACUUAUUAAGAAACAAAUGUCCAUAACUUUAAAUAUGUUUUGUACAGAAAGGAUUGUGUUUGGUCGUUGUUGUUGUUGUUUUACAGAUUCUUAUUUUUCAACAUUUUAGGAAAUAUGCUUAUUUGCUUUCUUGCUGCGAGUGAGAUAAGAAGAUCAAUAUCACCCUCAUGUCUGCGUUUUGAGUGCGAAACUGGAGCCGGGAGGUGAUCAGGGGGGAAAAACUAGCCUAGAUUUCCCACUAAGCCCUGCUUCCAGCCUCUCUAGCACUUACUGAUUAACAAACAGAACCUUUAAAACGAUAACGUGUGGUUAUAGAGGGAGUCAUGUGCUGUAGUCGCUGCUUCUGGCUGCACGUAGAACCAUAAAUUGUCGUUUUUACUUCUCUGUUCGUGCGGAUUAGAUCAUUGAAAUACAAGGCCUUCAUUUGUGAACUUGAGAGGUGUCGAUAGGUGGGUUUUUUGAACUUUGGCCAGAGCUAGGCGAGCUGUUUCCCACUCGCAGUCUCUGUGCUAGUGUGGGCUAAUUGCCUCCCGGCUCCAACUCUCUACUUAUCCCACAGGUAUGACUCUCACAACCUCUGGUCUGUUUUUUUGUGUGUAUGUAUUAUAAACUUGCGUUAGAAAAGAAAUCUGUAAUUGUAAUGGUCUCUUGUAGAUCUCUAUGGGUCUUUGAUAGGUUACAUUUUACACUUUGCUCUGCCAGUGACACCGACAAACAAUAAACUUUGCGACCCGCACCAGUGUUAUUUACCUGAACGGCUGGAAAUCGAAAUGAGAAUUUUUGGCUUUGUUUGUGCUGAGAAAAUGAAAAAAUCAACAGUUGUAGCCACUGUAGAGAUCCCUCUGCAUGUGUUUAUGUAGCGUCUAUCCUAUAAUAGUUUUGUAUACAGUGGGAGCGAAACGCAGAAGUCUCUGUUCAAGGAUUUAUCCUGCAUCUGUUCUGCAUUAGUCAUACAGACAAUACUUCUGUACUUUUGAACAUGAAACAGUAGAACAAAAUCGAGUAUCUUGUACAGUGAAACCAGUUAUAUUUACCACACCGUUCCUUGUGGCUGCCAUUGGUUGAAAACAGAGCAACACUAGGUUUUUCCAAACGAUUCCUCUGGAGGAUAGAGCCACAGGGCAGCAGCAGUUCAAGUUUAGAGCAUUAAAAAAUUCUUCUACAUCUGCAUUUGACAUUCUUUUCUGUUGACACCAAACAAAGUCUUGUUUCCAUUUCAGUUUACUGUGACACACAAAGAACAUCAGAGACACAGACGUUUUUUGGAGUCGUGCAAUAACUGGGCUUUUGGUAAUAAUUAUGUGAAGUAAAAAAAAAAAAAA